GUUAAUUUGCGUUUUACUCCAAAUUUAAGAUAAUCUUAAAACUAGGUUAACAGUAUUCGUUAAUUUAAAGGUGCGUGUCGUUAAAAAUGUAUCAUUUCGUUUUAAUUUUAUGUGUUUGGUGUGUAAAAGCUCAAGAAAUCAACUCAAACGAUUUAUUAAAUAAUUUAGACUUAAUAAGUAACAUUUUUGCGAUCCAAAACGAUAUCAUUUCUUCAGUACCUAAUGGGGAGUGUAAAGAAGAUUUAUUUAAACUUUUUUCGGCGGUGGGUAACCAUGAAAUUUGGGGGUUAAAAAUGGUAGAUUCUUGGGCAAAACCCCAAAUGGGGUUAUUAACUGGUAAUAUAAUGCAUAUAGGGAAUUAUGAUGAAUGUUUAGAAGACGACGUUGAUGGCCAAUAUUGCUCGGUGAUCAUCAAACCAACAGUUUCAAAUUCUUCCAAUUCCACCAACAUCAUUUUUGAAGAAAUAUUAAAACAACUUCAACAACAACUCGGAGAUUUAGGAAACAUUAAAACAUCAUUCGGAAUUUGUACCCCAAAAUCGUGCUCUCCCCCUACAUUACAAGAAAUUUGUAAUAAACUCUCAAACAAAUUUAAUUUAGAUUUAGAGUUUGUAAUCGAAGACUUUUUAUGCGAUUUUAAAGGAAAAAAAGUGUUUACAUUCGAAGCUUUAAUAGGAAUUAUAAUUUUUUUUGUAAUUAUCUCAUUAAUUAUUGUAGCAACAAUUUACGAUUUAUUAACACUUCAAAAAAAAGGUCGUUUCAACGUUUUAAUUUCAAUCUCAGCUUAUGAGAACACAAAAAAAAUCUUUUCAACAACCAAAUCUGAUGAAAACAUUUCCUGUUUAAACGGAAUUAAAUUUAUUAGUAUGUUAUGGAUCAUUUUAGGCCAUAAAUACAUGAUAAUCGUGUACGUUCCUUAUAUUAACACAAAAAUUUUGGAGAAAUGGGUCGAAAAUCCUUUUAAUUCAACGAUUAUCGCCGCGAGUUUUGCGGUUGACACAUUUUUUUUAAUAAGCGGCUUAUUAGUGUCUUAUACAUUUUUUAAACACCAUGGGAAUAAUUUCCAACUAAAAAAUUUUAAUAUUUUAAAGUAUUGGAUGCACCGAUUAAUACGGUUAACUCCAUCUCUCGCCGCUUUAAUUUUAUUCUUAACCACUUUGGUGCAGUAUUUCGGUAACGGUCCUUUAUGGGAUAUAAUGUUGAAGAUGACCCAAAGUGAUUGUAAACAAAAUUGGUGGGCGAUUUUGUUGUAUGUUCAAAAUUACGUUUAUCCAAGUAACAAUUGCGCAUCACAAGCUUGGUAUUUAGCGGUUGAUACUCAAAUGUAUUUCUUAGCACCCAUUUUAUUGAUACCUUUGGUGAAAUGGCCGAGAAAAACUAUUUUUGCAACGAUCGUUUUGAUCGUUGCUUCGAUUAUUUGGGCUUUUUGUGUUAGUUGGAAUAAAGAUCUCGAUUUAAUGUAUUAUAAUUAUUCGUUAGAUUUUUAUAGUUUUUACAUCUCAACUCAUUUCCGAGCUUCAUCUUGGCUGAUCGGAUUAAUUUUAGGGUAUUUUUUAUUUACAAUUAGAAACAAAAAGUUAUUAAUUAAUAAAAAAUUAAUAAUCUUGUUGUGGAUUAUCUCAAUUUGUGUUAUAUUAGCCGUUGUUUUCGGGCACUUCUCUUUUAUUGCGAUUAAUCAACACAGUCGAAUCAGAUCAAGUAUUUUUAACGCUUUCUCAAGACCCGCUUGGUGCUUAGCGAUUUGUUGGAUCAUUUUUGCUUGUUCCAAAGGAUUUGGAGGGGUUAUCAACAGAUUUUUAUCGCUGAAAUUUUUCGAAAUUGGAGUCAAAAUAAGUUAUGGGAUGUAUUUGUUGCAUGUAUUUGAAAUUUUAUACACAGUGGGAAUGGGUAGAGUUGCAAAAUAUUUUUCAAACGAAGAGGAAUUAAAGAUAAUUUGGUCCGAUUAUGUGACGGUUAUGUUUUUUGGGCUAAUUUGGGUUUUAAUUUUUGAAUUACCCCCAAUUCGCUUGGAGAAACUCUUGUUUAAUUACAAACAAAAAAAUAAAAAUGUUUUAAAUGGAAUUGUUUUAAAUAAAUAAAUUAAAUAUAAAUGAAUAGGCAACCAAUACUGCAUAAGCUAAAUUUACGUCAUUUUUAUUUUGGUUAAUUAAUUUUAAAUCAGACAUUAAAUUAAUUAAAG